AUGCCCUCGGUUCACGAUGUCACUGCUAUUGGCGCUGCACCAAAGAUUGGUGUCUACAAAGAGCUAAGACAAAACCCAUACCUUCUUGGUUUAUCUGCGUUCGCUUCCCUCGGUGGUUUCCUCUUUGGUUAUGAUCAGGGUGUUGUCUCUGGAGUGCUGACCAUGGAGUCUUUUGCCGCAUCCUUCCCCAGAAUUUAUACAGACAGUUCUUUCAAGGGCUGGUUCGUUUCAACAUUACUGCUUGCCGCUUGGUUCGGUUCUCUCGUCAAUGGACCAGUAGCCGAUCGCUUCGGUCGGAAAGGGUCUAUCAUUAUAGCUGUCGUCAUCUUCACCGUCGGCUCUGCACUCCAAGCUGGCGCAAUAAACAUUCCGAUGGCUUUUACAGGUCGCGCAAUUGCCGGUUUUGCUGUUGGCAUGUUGACGAUGAUCGUUCCAAUGUACAUGAGUGAGGUCUCAACUGCCGGCAUCAGAGGUACUCUAGUUGUUCUUCAACAGCUUUCCAUCACGCUCGGUAUCCUCGUAUCGUACUGGCUAGAAUUUGGAACUCAAUACAUUGGAGGCGUACGUUGCGCGCCUGACAUUGCCUAUACUGGUGGUACUGCGGCCGAGCCUGCCUUCGACCCACGAAACGACGUUGGCCCUAACGGCUGCACCGGUCAAAGCGAUGCCGCAUGGCGCGUACCUUUCGCCAUUCAGAUAUUCCCUGGUCUCGUUCUCGGUAUCGGCAUGCUUUUCUUUCCCGAAUCACCUCGAUACUAUUGUAUGCGUGACAACGAAGAGGCUGGUGUCCGAGCGCUGGCCCGAGUUCGUCGCACCAACCCCGAUGAUGAACUGCUCCAGAAAGAGUAUCUUUCUAUCAAAGCUGAAGUCAUGUUCGAAGAACAAUACAAUCGCGAAAAGUUUCCUGGCAAGUCUGGGGUAUCGUUGUACCUGGCUGGCUACUCGACCCUCUUCUCUACCUGGCCGUCCUUCAAGCGUACGGCCAUUGGCUGCUGUGUCAUGUUCUUCCAGCAGUUUAUCGGGUGUAACGCAAUCAUCUACUAUGCGCCUACAAUCUUCUCGCAGUUGGGUCUUUCUGGCAAGACCACUGGCUUGCUUGCAACAGGUGUAUACGGGAUAGUUAACACGCUAUCCACGCUCCCAGCGCUGUUCCUCAUCGACAAGAUCGGUCGCCGCCCUCUCCUUCUCUGUGGUGCUGCCGGUACUUGUAUUUCUCUCUUGAUCGUUGGCGGUGUCAUUGGCGGUUACGGAUCAAUGCUCAAAGACCACCCCGCAGCUGGCUGGACAGGCAUUGCAUUCAUCUAUAUCUACGACGUAAACUUCUCAUACUCGUGGGCACCAAUUGGCUGGGUCUUACCCUCGGAGAUCUACAACAUCGGUAACCGGUCAAAGGCCAUGUCUCUGACCACUUCAUCGACAUGGAUGUGCAACUUCAUCAUCGGUCUUGUCACACCAGACAUGCUCGAGAGCAUCGGUUUCGGCACAUACAUCUUCUUCGCCGCUUUCGCUUUGAUUGCGUUUGUGUUCACAUGGUUCUUGAUUCCUGAGACAAGGGGUAAGAGCUUGGAAGAGAUGGAUGCUGUGUUUGGCGAUAGCACUGCGCAUGAGGAAAAGACAAGGUUAUACAACAUUGCGCAAAGUCUGGGACUUGAGGAGGCUGAGGCUGCAGCGUUUGACGAGAAGCCUAUCAAAGCGUUGCAGACAGAAGUGAUGAAAGUAUGA